GCCAUUGUUCCUGUUGUGUGAGCACAGGCCCGCUGUGAUUUGGUAGCCGCUGCAGCAGGAGGAAGGACCGCGGGUCUACCCUUCUAUCGUUUAGUUUCCAUUCGACAUUCUAUAGAAGCGCUAGCACAACAAUGGCUCUGAAAAGAAUCCACAAGGAGUUGAAUGACUUCGCACGGGAUCCCCCAGCCCAGUGUUCUGCUGGACCAGUAGGAGAUGACAGUUUUCACUGGCAAGCCACAAUAAUGGGGCCUAAUGACAGUCCUUACCAAGGCGGGGUUUUCUUCUUGACCAUCCACUUCCCCACAGACUACCCCUUCAAACCACCAAAGGUUGCAUUUACCACAAGAAUCUACCAUCCAAAUAUCAACAGCAACGGCAGCAUUUGUCUUGACAUCCUGCGAUCACAGUGGUCUCCGGCUCUCACCAUCUCCAAAGUUCUCCUGUCCAUCUGCUCUCUGCUGUGCGACCCAAACCCGGAUGACCCCUUAGUACCUGAGAUCGCCCGUAUCUACAAGACGGACAGGGAAAAGUACAACAAAAUAGCCCGGGAAUGGACACAAAAGUAUGCAAUGUAGUGUUGGUGGAUUAAAAUCAUGGCCAACCAGCUCUACUGCAAAAGUUUGGGGAGCUUGAGAUGUAAAGAGAAAACAAACAAAAAAAACCACAUACAAAUGAAAAGUUUAAAAUAAGAUCUUGUUGGUUUCCAUUGGAGUGCUUUCUUUGAGCCACGCCUCCCCUUACCAGAGUACCUCUACCCCCCAUAUGUGUUGUUUCUCCUCGCCCCGUCUGUCUUCAUUUCUUUCUGUCAUGCCUGCCCAACCACCCGACCUGCUCUCCCUCCCAUGAACUAACAGCCAACUUGUAAUGGUAAUAAGCGCCUCUCCUUUAGUGCCCCAUCCUUUGAUUCCUCACACCUGUAGUUCGUUUUAGUUAGUGUCCUUGCAGGUUUGGUUGUUGCUGCCGCCCCUUUUGCUCCCCCAUCCUCACUCACCUACCCCAAAUAGUCAAUCACUUAAAGCAUUCCUUUGAGCAUCUAAAAUUUGAAGGGACCUGUUUCUUUUUACCUUUUGGGGGAGGGGGGGGACACACACCGUUUGGGGAAUUUUACACUCGGCAUCCUUCGUUUCGUUUUUCCUCUUUGAUUCCCAUCUGUCGAGAAAGCAGACUGACUGUGAGUCGAAGGGCACUGUAUUAAAUGCAACAUAGCACCCAACAACACCCAUGUUGACUCAUAUGGUACACAGACAAACACAUGGACAACUAACCCCAUGUCACCCCCACAACGGCCACCAUCUUUUCUUUACUGAAAAAGUGGAGGUUCUAGACUGGGUAUUUAAGCAAUUUAAUUUUCUUAGCUCAGCCUGUGUUACCCCCACCCCACCCAUCCUUCUCCCUAUAACUCUUUAGGUAGCUUUUUUUUUUUUGGUUAAAUUUAGAGGCUAACAUCUUAAAUGGCUCUGGGACUGGCUUGGGCUCUGAGUGUGAGGAGAACCCACUCUUCUUGCACAAAACCUCUGUAUAUUGAAUUACCUGAGAGGCUCGUUGAGCUUUGUGUGUUGAUUAAACUGUGUAAUAAAAACGCCUGACUCCUG